GCGCAUAUUGCGACUUCGUACUUCUAGUGAGAAAUUUGGCGCUUUUUGAUUACUCGGAUGGAAAAUAUCCACGAUAUCAAGUAGAUAAGGUAUUACCUUAUCAAUUUUAACUUAAACUGGGCUUACAAACAAGCGAUAGCGGUGACGAGAGCGACUCCGAAGAACAGAGUGAAUCGUCUGACGAGGAAAUCACGAUGUGUAAUGUGUUUGAGGUAGAAAAUGCUUGGCGCAUUGCACAUUGAAGCCAAAAGAUAUUGAAUUGUUUUGUUGCCACGAUAAAACGUUAGACUACGAUGAAUAAGAUGCAUGAUUAAAGGAGGCUGAAACCCAAGGGGAGAAGUGCUCGACUGCCUUUACAACACUGUCAAUACAUGCAGAAUUGAAAGCAAACAUGCUUGUCGGAAGGGCUAUUAAAUAGACGUUUGUCGCUAUCUUGAAGAUAUUAAACUGGCCUCUGGAUGACAAAGAUUUGGACAAGAUACACAAAAUUUAUAGACUAGUAGCUUCCAACGAUGUUCGCGUUGGGUAUUUCAGAUUUUGGGGAAUAAGAACAGAAGGCCACUUCACGGCAUGCGUGUGUUCACACAAUAAUAGACAAAUCCCAUUAUAGAGUAAUUUUAAAACUAGGCAAGGAGAUGCAAAUAAAUCACGACAGCUAGAAAGAGCAUACUAAAAUGAGUAAAAUUGCAAAGUUUAGUUGCGAAAUGUUGUAAAAUGCGGAACAUAUAGCCUUGUAAAGUUCGCAAAUUUUGUACACUUUUGUAUUGCGUGCGGAAAUUGCUAAUUUUCGGCCCAAAUGUGGUAGCAAUUAACGCACGCAAUACAAAAGUAUACAAAAUUUGCUAUGUUUCCGCAUUUUACAACAUUUCGCAACCAAGCUUUGCAAUGUUACCCAUUUUAGUAUGCUCUUUCUAGCUGUGGUGAUUUAUUUGCAUCUCCUUGCCUAGUUUUAAAAUUAGUCUAUAAUGGGAAUUGUCAAUUGUGUAUUCGAGAGCGGUUUGGGGCUUUGAGAUUGUGUGAAUGUUCAUUUAUUCAAAUUUGGCUAAAUCUAUAUUCUUUUAAUAAUAACUCUAUAGUAUGUGCCGAUUACAUGAAGCAUUUUCAAGCCUGGGGAUAAACUAGUUUUAUACUGUUGACAGCGUUGGAAUUUGUUCAAUAAAGUAGCCCUCGGCCUGGGUGCUCGAAACAGGUUUGAAGUUUAAUUUUAACCUUGUUUUUGAACUGAGUCAAAAUCCAAGGUUGAAGAUCCUCUAAUUCCUUCGAUGUAAUCAGCUUUAUUAUAUAAUGUGCAGCAUGCAACCCCAAUUUCAUACAACAUAUAAUUUGCAAUUGUCCUAUUAUCUAUUAAAGUGCAGUGGUGUAUAUAUUAAUGCUUUAUUAAAAUUAAGUUUAUAAACAAAUUUGUUCUCAUUAUUUAUAUCACAAAAACAUCAAAACGAUUUUUGCACGCGAAUUGCAAAGAAUCAAAACAUAUUCUCAGUCAUUUUAUAGUAUUUAUUUAUGCGAUAUUGUUCCUGUUGAUGUGGUCAUAGCCGUGAUCACCGAGAACAGCAAAUAUAAAAGUCUACAAAGUAGGCGAGCAUAUUGUCAUAUUGACAUAGUACCAGACUAUGCAUAUGGCCAAUCAUUUAUAAUCUAAGAGCUUUUACCGCCGAAAUCAACGCGUUUAUUUCAAAAACACAGCUGAAACACGCAGUAGAGUAGUAGCGCUAAAUUUUUACGCAGUUAUACAAAAAAAUUUGGAGUUAAUCCGCACUUUUUGGUCAAAAUCUUCGUAGAAUGUGUUCGCACGCAUACUAUUUUAUGUUGACAAUAUUUGUUUCCCCUGCUUUUGACGUCACAAAUUUAUUCUCACAUAAAUUAGCAUACCAGGUUUUUUUCAAGAUGGCGGACGACUGUCGAAAGUUUUAUGAUAUUUCUGAACAACUAAACGCGAUUGACAAGUGAAAAUACGUAAUUAAGUAUUCCGUAGGUAUGUUUAAUAGAUAUCGAGAAUAAAAAAAUUUAUUGCCAUUGUCCUUUAAGUAUUGUUUACAUUUUUUGUUAUUGUCGCUACUUGACAUGCGCACCACGGCAUGCAUGCGUCUUCCGGUGUGCGGAAGUACUCAUACUCAUCGAUACUGCAUGUAAGAUACAGCCAAACGAAUCUCCGUGGAGUCCCCUACUUAAUUAAGGUGGCUUUUCGACUAAAAAAUGACUGUAGGGCCCCUUUAAGCCGCCCAUAUAUUGAUGUCACCUCGUUAGUUAUUCACUAAUUCACCGGUAAAUUUAAAAAGGAACGGAUGCCAUUGAUGACGAAUUACUAUCUAGAAAAUACGUGUUUUCUCCCACCAAUAAUUUGAAAUUGAGAGAACGUCUUCUUACAUCCUUUAUAUUGUAUGAGCGUGCGCGGUUUUCGUUGUAUUGGCAGCACAGCUGCAUUGCGAUGCACGACAGGAAAUUGCGCAGAAAUAUGGGCAUGUUUUUAUAAGAAGUGCUUUUGAUUAUGCUUCAGUCGCGUAUUAUUGUUUUUGGGCCCUGUAUGGGUCUUUUCUUUACCUCGAAUUUUUACCAAUAAGUUCAAGUAAUUCAGUAGUUCGCCGCAUAUAUAUUCAGUACACGUCAGACGCACAAUCUAUAUGACUAUAUGCAUUCUCAGUUAAUAUGAUCGAGUUGACUCAUGGCUAAAGUGCGGUUGUUAUUCUGACUAAUUUUAUACUGAAUUUAUAGAACUAAAUAACUGGUAAUAUCUGAGAAAUUCCUAUCUCUAAAACUCGUUUCGUGUCCUUAGCUUAAAGCUAAGCCAUUAUGCAUUAACGUUGUCCUCUACAGAUACCCAUGUGUGAUGUGUCUGGCAUGACUGCACUAGCACAUUAUUAUUAUUAUUAUUAUUAUUAUUAUUAUUAUUAUUAUUAUUAUUAUUAUUAUUAUUAUUAUUAUUAUUAUUAUUAUUAUUAUUAUUAUUAUUAUUACGUUUUCCUUCAAACUUUUAGCUCUUGGCCGCAAUGAAGAUUGAAUUUCGAUACAAAUAAAUUAUGCAAACUAACUAUAAAUACUGACAAACACUUUUAGGAUCUUGGUUUUAGACGAAGCUUCACGAUUUCCGAGCUUAUAGCGAUAAAGUAAACUAUGUUUUCGAGGGGGCCAAGUUUCCGAGGGGGGGGGGGCAUAUUUUUUCCUAGGAAAUUUGGGGGGGGGGGGCAAAUUUCCUGGGACACCGGGUCAUUCUACGAACUAUAUAUUGACCAAGGAGUGAUUCUAUAUAAUGCUCCCAGUUGGCGAGGGCGAUCAGCGGCUCUUAGAGUAUAUAGUUUCCACUUAUCAUAUAAUGACUUUGAAAAUUUGUUGAAUAAAAAUGUCUUUUUGAUCAUUGAUUUUAUCGAAGCCCAAUGGAAUGUUUAUAAUUGUAAAUAAUUUGCAAUAUGACGUACAUGCAUUAUAUUAUGUUAUAAAUAAUACUGUUUUAUCAUUUGCAUAACAACACUCAAAAUCCUAAAAAUAAUUAAUAGUUAUAUCAGGUCUAUACUAUCCUGUUCUAAAACAACGCACAUUGUGAAGUAAUUUAAAACUCAUAAAUUUGGUUUUCCCUGUAGCUACUGUACUAGUACAACAUUCCUUCCCCUCAUAUCAAUGUUGUUUUUAUCCUGAAGCUAAAACUGUAAAGGAAGCGGAGGUUUCACCCAAUUGCCCAUGAAACUACUAAUCUACUGACACACUGCUAAAUAACUCGGAACAUAUAUACUGCUCAACUUUUGCGAAUGUUGCCAGUUAGUUUUGCGAAUGUUGCCAGUUCUUUCUUUUCAUUUCUAGAUGAAUAAAUUAAUUAUUUAAUUUAACAUGUUACCGUGAUGUUUACUAUAAAAAUUCGCACACAUGCAUAUAGAUUAUAGAGGCUUAAAUUCACAUUAGCCGCUGUGAACAAAAAGUACUUUUCCAUCACUUGAAAGGUAUUUUAUCAAAAUGAUUAUAGUAUAUUUUCUGUUGAGUAUAAAGACCUUAUAACUCUAUUUCCGGCAAAUAGACUUGCGAAAUUGCGAUAGGCAGAAAAUAUACUCUAGUACUUUCUAUUCGCAGACCAGUUAUUUCUGACCAGGAUUGACAUCGUCAUCUUUUCAUUUCUAGAUGAAUAAAUUAAUUUAAUAUGGUACCGUGAUGUUUACUAUAAAAAUUCGCACACAUAUAGAUUAUAGAGGCUUAAAUUCACAUUAGCCGCUGUGAACAAAAAGUACUUUUCCAUCACUUGAAAGGUAUUUUAUCAAAAUGAUUAUAGUAUAUUUUCUGUUGAGUAUAAAGACCUUAUAACUCUAUUUCCGGCAAAUAGACUUGCGAAAUUGCGAUAGGCAGAAAAUAUACUCUAGUACUUUCUAUUCGCAGACCAGUUAUUUCUGACCAGGAUUGACAUCGUCAUCUUUUCAUUUCUAGAUGAAUAAAUUAAUUUAAUAUGGUACCGUGAUGUUUACUAUAAAAAUUCGCACACAUAUAGAUUAUAGAGGCUUAAAUUCACAUUAGCCGCUGUGAACAAAAAGUACUUUUCCAUCACUUGAAAGGUAUUUUAUCAAAAUGAUUAUAGUAUAUUUUCUGUUGAGUAUAAAGACCUUAUAACUCUAUUUCCGGCAAAUAGACUUGCGAAAUUGCGAUAGGCAGAAAAUAUACUCUAGUACUUUCUAUUCGCAGACCAGUUAUUUCUGACCAGGAUUGACAUCGUCAUCUUUUCAUUUCUAGAUGAAUAAAUUAAUUUAAUAUGGUACCGUGAUGUUUACUAUAAAAAUUCGCACACAUAUAGAUUAUAGAGGCUUAAAUUCACAUUAGCCGCUGUGAACAAAAAGUACUUUUCCAUCACUUGAAAGGUAUUUUAUCAAAAUGAUUAUAGUAUAUUUUCUGUUGAGUAUAAAGACCUUAUAACUGUAUUUCCGGCCAACAGACUUAAUAAAAUUGCGAUAGGCAGAAAAUAUACUCUAGUAAUUUCUAUUCGCAGACCAGUUAUUUCUGACCAGGAUUGACAUCCUCAUCUUUUCAUCUCUAGAUGGUCCAUCAGCUGGCAAGUUGUAUGCUAAUGAUCAGAUUUUGAAGAUUAACGACGAAGACGUAUGUGAUAUGCCACAGUCAGACGUUAUUCAACGAAUUAAGUAAGGAAUUGUAUAUUUCUAACCAUUUAUUACAGUGCCUUUAAAGGCAACGCAUGCAAGUGUUACCAUCGAGUUAAGAGAUGCUAUUCAGUUUAAUAAUAUCGUCAAGUAUACAUGCAGUAAACAGAGUGAUUCAUCCUUCCGGCAAAACUCAGCCUUGACUAUAGAGCUCUAUCGUUUCUGUGAUUGAGAUAUUCAUGGGUUGAGAGGCCUAUAUCUUGUUACAUGUGACAUUUAUGCCAUCAUUCCGUUAUAUUAGAUAAUAUUAAAGAACUUUAUACCAUCACUAACAAGAUAAAGGACUCUAAAGGAGUAAAGUCGAUAUCUCAAGCCCGAAAACGAAGCUCUAUGGCCAAGGCUAGGUAAUUUCUAGGAGGAUGUAUUCUGUCUUGUGAUUUGUUAUUGUCGACCCAGCAGAUAUUAAGAAAGUAAACCAACUUCUGCUGGGGAAAGUGGUUAAUAAAAGACUAUAUAUGGAUAAGAUUUACACCUACCCCAACCGCUUUCGAGAAAUUAGAACACAUGUAAUUCCUAUAAAGUUUUCGGUGCAUGCACAGUGUGGUUCGUUCCUCCAUAUUUAUUAAAUCGUGAAUAUAAAGGUAAGAAUAAGCACUAUAACCCAAUACAGAAUCAUGUAGCCUAUGUUUCGUAUAGACUUUGUUGAAUUGUUAAAAAAACCCAAAUUAAUCAGUGUUUGUUACUUCCUGUUAUAAUGUGUUUACCAUUAGAGGUCAACCAAUUGGAAAAUAAUCCCUAAGGGUUAUAGUGAUCACGCUAUGUCUAGAGGGACUCCACUUGCACGCACUAUACGCACCAUAGUUUCAUAUUUGUAAGAGGUCUACCGUUUUACAUUCACUCCACUUUCAAUUUUUGCUGAUUGCCUUCUUCUGAUGCAUCUGAACGAGUAGAUGAGUUACGAAUGUCCGGAAUGCAUGUACGCUCAUAUAAAUAUUUAUAGCUCAUCCACUCGUUCACAUUCAUCAAAAGAAGAAAGUCGUACCUAAAAUCGCGGCAAAAAUUGGUAAACGGGCCUUAAUAUGUAUAUUGCUUUCAAUUUUUUUCCAGGGAGUCCACUCAAGAACUGAAUCUUGAAGUUAUCGCUAGUGAUGAUGUUCAAGAUGUCAGAAAUCGGGUAAGAGUAUUAGAAUAGGAGAAUUUAAGAUGUCUAAAGAAAUUGUAAUUUUUAACCAGCAUAUCAUAUUUCAUUUGAUCUUGUAUAUAUGCAUGGCCAUUUAAACUUUAAUGUCAUUAUAUACCAUUGAUGACUGGAAGCUAGUCAACGUACUGUGGAGUGUAGGAUAAAAAUGUUGUUUGUUUAGCGUCCAUUGUUUUGUAUUUUCUAAAAUUGCUCAAUGGCAACCGUGACUUUUGGCCAAACAUCCACGCCACUAGUCUAACCCAAAACAUUGCCAUAUGUUAGUUGGGCGAAAACACAAUACACACGUGAUGGCGAGGGAGCACAUUUUUAAAUAAUCCCAGAAAAAAUCAUAGAUGAUAUAAUGAGUUGUAUUGUUUCUAUCAAGUUCCAAACUUUGUAUUCUAUUGAAUAUGUUUUUUUUUUCUAAUUUCGCUUGUGAAUUGAUUUUAUGAACAGGGCCAACGCAAAUCAUCAAUAAUGAGUCGCACAACAAGAGAAAGACGAAGAUCCAACCCAGUCAGUGUUCGUUUUGCUGAUACACCAGUUCUUGUUCAAUAUGUCGGUUCUCCUCCAAGCUAUCCACUCAGGCGGGUACGUAUAUUUUUCAAAACUUAACAAUAAUGCACUCACAGUGACUCAAAAUUUUCAGUAAAAUUUCUCAAAUUUAUGAGCGAAUUUACUCAAUUUUUUAUUGAAGUUUCAAUAUUUUGAAAGGUUUUGAGUAUAAAGAUUCAUUUUUGCUCAUAAAUUUGACUGAUUUUACUCAAUAUAUAUUUCGAAUCAUGGUAGGUUCAUUAUUUUAGUCAAGUUUUUGAGUGUACUGUAUAUCCAAAGUGCAUGAAUAGACAAUAAUUUUCUAAUUGAUGACAAAUAAAAAAUUUCAUGCUUCCAUAAAAUCUGCCCCACUAUUUUGUUGUUCAACGUAUUAAUCGCAGAACAUUUUUUCACGUUUUAGUCCUCGCUACCACUUAUCCCGAAUGUAUUGAAAAUUUAUCUGGAGAAUGGCCAAACAAGAUCAUUUCUGUACAAUUCCAGAACAGUUGUCAAGGUAGAGCUACGCCAUUCAUACCUUUACGAUACUCUAUUAUAUAUUGUUAUCUAUUAUUAUUAUUGUUAAAACCUUGUCCACCAUACUUACCCGUUCGGUUGGUUAAGUGUUAGCUCAGCUGACCGAGAGGGUGACCUGGACUGACUACUGUUAAUUGGACUCAGAUUAAGAUCAUGACAAUGGCAUCUUGAGCUGCCACCCCCACCGAACUAACACCUUCACACCAAUUAAAAUUGGUGGAAGUACAUUUUUAAACUGUAAUGCCAGUGGAAAGCCGUUGAGCUAAGCGUGCAAAAAAAAAUUCAAAACGCACGGUGUUGUCGUUUGGACGUUAGCCUUCGAAUGAUAGAUGUCACCUAAUACCAUUGCCCCCCCCCCGGUCAUGUGACAUGCUGACGUCAGGUUAUCUGGUUACCAAGUUGCUAACCUUGGUUAUUGCAUAACCUCAUUAAAAUGUGACUAACCCCAAAUAUGACUUUUUGCAUGUGUGAUAUUUGGGUAAUUCUAAGAAGAAAUGUAAUUUAAUAUCUUUAUUUAGUAGUAAAAACCUCAUCUUGAUCAACCUUUUCACUUUCAAGUUUCCUGAUAUAAUAUGAAAAAACUAAGGAAACCUAUUUUCCCAUAUGUUCUGCAUGAAUGUUAUUUCGAACCCUGAUUUGUUGCCAACCUUAUAUAAACACGUCUAUAUUAUAUGUUUUAGGACAUGUUCGCCUCUCUUGCUGACAAAAUUGGUUUAAAGAGAUUAGAUCGUUUUGCCUUCGUUUUACAAGCUACUCAAACUUUAAACGAUUAUAUUGUCCAGGCAAACGAACGGGUUUCUCAGGUAAAUUUUAGAAAUUACCGAAUGGUGUUUAGUGAUUUCUGGAAUAUUAUCACAUAAGCAGAAGCUGCUAGAACUUAUGGAAACCUUGAUUAUUUUAUAUAUCACAAUAUCAAAUUAAUCAUUGUAUUGUGUUCAUUAUUAUUGUACUGCAUGGGAACUACUUCUUUAAAAUAAUAAUGUCGCACAAAACAAUUAAUGUUCAUUUCAAAAGUUGAUAAAAAAUAAAACAUAACAAAGAAUUUAAUAAAAUAUAUAUCGUAACGAUUCUCACCAAAAAGAUUUAUUAAAGAAAUUCCAUACAGAUUGCGUGCAAAGCUUAAUGAGAGCACAAGUUUCAAGCUUAGUAGUUGUAUAUUGCAGCUAUUUGUGAAUGAAUUGUUCUGGAAAGGGGAUAUUUACCAAAGGGGAUAUUUACCUAAACUGAUUAAAUGGUUCUCCCAUUAUGCUUUGCACGCUUACAGUUUCAGGUUUAGAGUUAUUGUUCAUUAAGUAAUAUGAUAAGGAGAAAAUGUUCUCGAGUGAGAUAUUUCAUAAUUUCGAGACGGUGUGCAAGCAGAAAACUCUGCUCGCCGCGGCUGGGUUUCGAACCCGGGACCUUCGAAUUACUAAAUCGAUGCUCUACCAACUGAACUACACUGUCAGGACGGAUCGAAUACUGGAAAUUAUGAAAUAUAUACUGAAUGUCGUAAACAUACUCGUUUAUAUUAAAUCAGCAUCGAACAAUACUAUCAAAGAAACUAGAAACUUGCGGAACUAGUAUUCUGUACUAACUUAUAAAUAUUCCGUAGCUACUAACUUAUUCUUGAACUUUUUAUCUUUAAGGUAUAUGCCAGAAGAAAUUGUAACAGUUCUGCGUGGUUAUCUAAACUUCUUUUGAUGUGAGUAUCUCUUACAAAGGUCAACGAGUACUCGUAAGUCAAAGAGCGACAUGCAAUCUCACAUUUCGACUCCUGCAUGCCACUGUGUGAUUGUUAACUUCGUAUUAACCGAACGCGUGGUCUGUACGGAGAAAUAUCGGACGAAGUCUUUUUCGUACAGACCCAGCCCGUAGGGCGAAGUUUGUACAAAAAGACCGAGGUCCGAUAUUUCUCUGUACAUACGGAGCAAGGGAGGUUAAUAAAAAGUUUAUUAAAUGGCAUUUAUAGGCAUUUGAAACAAACAAGAAAUGCAUGAUUUGAAAUGCAUGUUAGUAGUAGCGUGGCACACAUUUGGUCGAAGAAAACCAAAAAUACUAAUGUAUUCCUUCUUUUCCACUAAAAACCAUUCGCAGAUAUCUUAUUAAUAAUAAAUUAAAUUAUAAAGUUUGUUUUCACGUAAUGCACUGCCACGGGAAAAUAUGGACCGCUGAAAGUGUUUCUCAGCCAAUCACAGUCCGCCAUUUCACCGGAAGUGAUGCUUGCCGUAUAAUAAGAAGUUUUAUUUAUCAGUUUAUUAGAAUAUGCAUCUAUAGUGCAACACUUGUUCACAAUCUAUAAUAUAAUUAAUAAGUGACGAAAUUGAAGAAAGUGAAUAACUCGGAUUAAAUGUAAUUAUGUUUAUUUCCUUUUUUAGUUUUGCUCCGAAAGAUAUUCAUUUAUUUCUCAAGGAGGACCCAGUAGCAUUCGAUUACUUUUAUCGACAGGUGUGCACCAUUACACCAUUAUUUGUUUUGUUGGUCCGUUUGUUUUGCUUGGUUGUCUGUGAACUAUAUGCACGCUGCAGUAAAUGUGCUUGAGGUCAUUUAAGUCUAAGAGAGCACUAUUCUAGGGUUGAAAUUUAAAAACAAUUCUGUCGCCCAAGUGAAUAAGAUCUGGUCGCCCAAUUUAAUAUCAGGUCUCCUUAAAUCAAUGUGUUUUGAAGAAGAAUUUCGCAAUUGGCGAAGUUGGCACAUGCUCAUUUCAACCUCUGCUUCCUUAUAAUUCCUCCUUUGGAUUCAUAUUCUCAGAAUAAAUGAUUCUUUCGUAUCCCCGAUUUUCUUUGACCAGUAUACUGUUCCCGUGUUGGACUGGGACCAAAUAUUAAUUGUGGGUGAUUAUUUUUAAUUUUCCCUCACAAUCGCCCGACUUAUUGCGUUUUCCAUUAAAAUUUAAGAGUUCUGAAACUUUAUACUUUACAUAGCUACAAUCUAACUGAUCAAAAUAAUCAAACAAGUAAAUUGCAUGCAUUAAGCAGGGAAGAAUGAAGCGUCAAAAAAGUGAAACGUGGGGGUUAGCAAAUCCGAAAUAUUGAUUGUCAGACUAAAUCGUGGAAACCAGGGAUAGUAACUAAGAAACCGCGGCGCGUCCAACGCUAGUUUUUACCCUCCUAAUCCUUUCGAAAUCUCGUUCACCACUGCUUAUUUUUUAUAUGAACUGUGUACUUCAAUACGGCGUAAAAGCUUAACUCCUAUACUUAUUGUGUAGAUGUGUUCUCAAGUUGUCGAAGGACGUUUUGGUUGGGAACUGAAAUACGACACUGCGAUAAAACUUGCGGCCUUACAUCUUCAACAGUACGCUUUGGAAGAAAAGAUUGGGAAAGGCGGGAAAAUCUCGGUGAAAGCGAUCGAACGAGAGGUUGGUAGUCUAGAGAAUUUUGUACCAACUGCUCUCAUCGACACGAUGCAAAAGAAAGACUUACAGAGGAUAUUAACACAGCAAAUAAAACAAACGCGUAAUCUCUGCCCUCCUGGACAGAAGUACAUUUCUCCUUUACAAGCCAAACUGCAGUAUUUAAAGAUUUGUAGUGAAAUGAAAACGUAUGGAGGAAAACAGUUUAAUGCUGUUGUUGUGGAUCCCACUGCGGAAGACCAGAAGGUAAAAUGAACACGUCGUAUAGUUUCUUGUUACAUUACACAGUGCAUGUUAAGUCGGGGAUUACAAUCAGCCAUAUACAAAAUCUUCAAUACUAUGAUCCAUAUUUGAGAUAUUUGCAAAUACCAGUCCCGCAUAUUUUUGAAAUACAUGUAACCAAAGACACCCCCCAUUGUUUUAUAAUUUAAUAUAAAAAUAAUUGACAUCACAAUCAGGAUGGACGUUAUGAAAUAAUAAGACUCAGAUUGCGGUAUGCAGUAUAGUAUAUAAGUUAUGUUAAUGAAAUGCCUGCUAUGGGACUUCAACUGUCCUUAAAUUACCUUAAAUCGCCUAAAAUCGCAGAUUUGCAUGUGAGUUAAUGCGUGACUUGCUAUGUUGGGGUGCAUACUGAAAAUCAUGAUCACCAGGGAAAAUCCAUUUUCCAUGAAUAAUCGUGCAUUUGUGUUGACCCAUCAGUCAUGCUGUUGUUUUGACUUUCUUAUUUGUUACUUUAAUAAUAUUUUUUCUUCUGACUUUAGUUCUUUCAAGAUCAGAAGAUUAAUUCUGUUAUAUUUGUCGGCCCAAACAUUGGUUUAGCUCAAGUGACAAAUCCAAGAUCAUUUUCGGUGAGUAAAUCCUCAGUCCGCCAGCAUACAGUAAUUGUUUUAUCAGGUAUUAGAGAGCUUAAAGGGAUACGGCAAUAUAUUUUUUUAUUUCAUUUUAAAGAACUUCAAUUUUAUUAUUUCAUUUUAAAGAACUUUUAAAAUUAUAUGUUAAUCUCCUUUACCGAUUUUGCGUAACUUUAUUAUUUCUUGAAAUAUUUUGUCUUAAAAUAAUUUGCUGUCCGCCAUCUUGGAUUAAUUUUUAUCGCAUUAUCGGUGAUUUUAGUGACGUCAUAAGCAGGGUUAGCCAGAUAAAACUACAUCUAAAUGACCAAAUAACUUUAUGUCUUGUUUGAAAAGUCGUCAGACAGUUUUUUAUUUCAAAUAGUUACUGAAGUAUAUGAUUUUGGGCUCAUAAUAACCAAUUGCUCUAUGGAUAAAAUUAUUGCGUGACCCUGCUUAUGAUGUCACAUGCAUAUCCACCAAAAUCCAAGAUGGCGGAAAGCUCGCUGAUAUCUCAAGAAAUAAUAAAGUUACGCAAAAUCGGUAAAAGAGAUUAACAUAUAAUUUUAAAAGUUCUUCCAAAUGAAAUAAUAAAAAAUAUAUUGCCGUAUCCCUUUAAAGGUGUGUUUACACAUUAAUCUGGCCGAUUCAGCUUUAAUUAAAUGAUAUCUGUCUUAUUUUUAGAUGCAUCAAAUAGCCGAAUUCAGUCAAAUCAAUGGCUUGGUGAUCACACCGCACACUGAAGGCAAACAAAAUAUCAAACUAUUUUUAAACAACGGCAAGGUAUAGCUAUUUAACAGUUAUUCUACGAACUCGAGUCUUAUAUGAGCUGAUGAUAGCCGACGAGGUGCGCAGCACCGGCUGUGCUAACUGACAUAUACGACGAGAGACAGACUCAUCUGUAUGGCAAUAUUUUGGCAGUUGGUUGACUUGGUUCAGCAAUCCACACAACUUCCCCUAAACCUGAUAAAUCACUGUUGCUCUUUCUUUAAGUAAUACUUCAAACAUUGCUGGAACCUCGAUUUCAAUUUUUUUAUAUAUUUAAAGUGCACCUGACAUCAAUUAUUUUUAUUAUCUCAUUUUUAAGAACUUCUGAAAUGAUAUAAUAACUUAUUUUGAAGAUUUUCGUUUGCUCACUUUGUUUCCGAGUUAUUUCAGUUGCAAAUGUCCGGAAUUUACGUCACAUAUGAAUAAUGACUUAUCAAAGAAUGCAAGAUACAGUUAAAUAUCAUGAAAUAAAAAGGCUAAAUGGUGUUUGACAUAGGUAUACUUAAUCCUCCCACAAAUCCAAACUUCAUUUUAAUGAAUUAAACUCGAUAGUGAAUACGAUAUACAAGCUUUCACUUUAAAUCAUUAUGCAUUUGUGACGUAAAUUCCGGAUAUUUGCAUACCAAACAAACUGAAAUAUCUCAGAAACAAAGUGAGCAAACGAAAAUAUUCAAAAUAAGUUAUUAUAUCAUUUCAGACGUUCUUACAAAUGCGAUAAUAAAAAUAAUUGAUGUCAGGUGCACUUUAAGGGUUAUAUAGACACAACACGUAUACUUGUUGAUUUCACGUCUAUAAAUUGAGCUUCUCCCAAAAAAUUAUAUUCUGUUUAUGUUUUCGGCAUUAUUUUUUACCAUAUACAUUUUUAACUAGUUUAAAUAUAUUAAAAAUUUAUUUGCUGACCGGCAAACAAUUCCUGGGAGUAAUUUUUGAACAUUUGAACAAUUUGUAUAUAGCCAAGCUUUAACACAUCGUUGAAAUUUCUUUCUAGUCUGUUACGCUCAUCAUGGGACCAAUAUUUGAAACACGGGACUUAGUGUACUUAAUAUCUGGUUAUCAUAAACAUUUGGUUGAAAAUGCAAGACCUCUUUCAGUCAUUGAUAUGACUUCUCCUGCUGAUGUCGAGGAGCCAGUAGAUGAAGAAGGUAAGAAAAAAUUGACAAUCUAUUUCAUUUCAGAAGGUAAGAAAAAAUUGACAAUCUAUCUAUUUCAUUUCAUAAAAAAAAUUGACAAUCUAUUUUCAUUUCAUUAACCAUCUCGUAUAUAUUUAUGUGAAUAUCUCAAUUUCUCACUGAGAGCUUAUUAUGUACGAACUUUAUGAGUUUAUUUUUAAACUUAUCAUACAUAUUUUUGUGUAAUGAGAUAUUUUCUCGUACAAUAUUAUAAGAAUGAUUAUGUACAUUGGCAGGGAUGUUCUAUUGAAAUACAAUGCAAAAAAAUGUGUUUCGGUGCAAAUUUUUCAUGACAUGCCAGCUCGGCUUCCUUCUGAACAGCGCCUGAGAAGCUCGCUCGAGUGCGUUGCCCAAAUUGAAACGACGCCAUUAUCUAUAGGAAACAAUUUUCAGUAAUUGUGAUUUCGUCAAUUUUCAUUGUAGUGCCCUCGUAUUCUGAUAUACAUCAAGUGUUGCUUGAUGAUUGCAGCUACCGGAGAAAUGGUAACGAAAAUGACGAGGAUGUGAGACAAAUAGCAUUCAGACAAAGACCAGAUUUUGAGAACAGUGAGUUGUACUCGCUCGCAGAUCAUUCUAAGAACACACAACCCCCAACUCGUUUGAGCAACGGAAGUGUUAAGACUCAUUUAAGUAUUCUUGUGAACAAUAAUCAAAGUCUCAAUUCUAUCGAAGAAGAGGCUUUGUCACUUACGUCUCCGAAGUCUGGGAUAUUGUUAUCGCCAGAAAAGAGAACUUAUAUGAACGGCGUUCGUGAGCCGAAGAGAAAAUCUUUUAUGCUGCUGAGUGACGAUUUAACGUCAGAAUCAACAGACGAGGAGCGGACAGAUGAUGUAAAGACUGCAAGUCUUGAUAAAGAACAAGAUACUAAAAAUGGUUCAGAUAGCUUAAUGACUAAUGCAACAAAGUCUCCAGUCCGAAAUCACUCAUCAAUUCAUGUUUCAUCUCCGUCUCACAAUAGUGAACAUGUUGAACCAAUGGAUAACUCGGGAGAUUUAUAUAAUGGCGAUAUCAUGGGUCACGUUCACGAAGUUCAAGUAGACAUUCCUCUGACUCCAAGCUUGCCGUCGUCUGUAAGUAACACGAGUGAUGAAAUUUCAUCACUGAGUUCUAAUUCAUCUAGGACGUCCCCUUUGACAAUUUCUAGUGCUUUGUUGCUAAAGCAUCAAACUUCCAAAGAAGUUGUUUUGGUCAGUGGUGGUAGUAGUCCAACCACUGAUGCGGACGCUUCAAUGGAAAACUCGUCCGAAGAGAAGAACAAUGAAAAGGUGCACGCUUGUGAUACUAAAACCAAUGAUACAACCACUGAUCCUGAGGCUUCAAUGGAAAACUCUUCCGAAGAGAAGAACAAUGAAGAGGUACACGCUUGUGAUACUAAAACCAACGGUACAACUACUAAUCCUGGGACUUCAAUGGAAAACUCUUCAGAAGAGAAGAACAAUGAAGAGGUACACGAUUGUGACACUAAAACCAAUAAUAUAAUUGGAAGUGAAAGUCCAGCUGAAGAAAUCCAGACUAAUGGAACUGAUGCGUGUGAUGGUAAUACAUUAGGGAUAUCAAAUACCGCCGUUACUAAAGACAAUAAUCUUCAGAAUGGUAGCUCGCUGUCUGAAGUACAGGUUAAUGGCGAUAUAAAGACUUUACCUUUUAAACAGAAACGGCGUAGAUCUUCAGGGUAUAUUGCUUAUAAUGGUGGUUUUCGUCAAGACCUACAUGUACCUGAGUGUAUUAUUCAUGAUGACAUCACUUUAACGAUUGAUCAAGCCACCGAGGACAAUAAAUCAAAUAGUAGUUCUCAAGAACAAAGCACGUCUCGUAGCGAUGCGUGUGAUCACGCCCUGAAGACGUUUUACUCAUUAAAAACAAAAUUAAACACACUUAAACACUCAAUUCGUCCUGUACGAACGAACAAUGAAAUUGUGCGAAGUAGAAAGCAGUCAAUGAUCGAGAUAAUCGGUGUUUUAGAGGAAUGUAACGAGCAAAUUAAAGAUCUGACAACAGCUGAUGAGAAGGAUGUCGUUGAAGCAAUCCUGAGAACAAGGUCAUCUCUCAGUCAGUUAACUGAAUCCUGUACCCUCGCGUAUAAUGCUCAAUACAGCAUGAAGCAUUUCACGACAGAUCUCAUCGAGUCUAUUGACAAACAUAUCGAUGUUUUGAUUACGACAGAUGCCUGGAAUACGACGCCUGUUUCAGACCUCACCAGGGAAUUACACAAAGACAAAUGCGAAUUAGUUCACGAUUCGUUGGAGUCAUUACGGAAAAGUAUAAACAAACUCUGA